UUGGGUCGGGAGCGAUCGUGUAGCUAGCUAGCUAGCGUUACCUUUUGUCUGGCCAUCCAAAGAACCUCGGUAAAACAAUAGCAAACUCGUUCUCCAGUCGACAGAUUUCAAACGUUUGUCGACAUUUAACGCCGGUGUAGCUGCACUGAGCCACCUAAUUCGGUGUUAUUUCCCCCUUAAUUCGGUAAUUCACAGCACGGUUGACGCUGACAAGGAACCGGAAGGUUCCACAGAGCCUCUGCCCCAUCGACGAGCAUGAGUGAACCAACAGACACAGCUAGUGAUGCUCCCAGCAUCACCGCAGACAGCAAGCUGGCGGCCACAGCUGGAAAGAAGCAGAACAAGAAGAAGGUGGAGGAGGUGGUGGUAGAAGAGGAAGAGGAAGAAUAUGUGGUGGAGAAGGUUCUGGACAGACGGGUGGUAAAGGGCAGAGUGGAGUUCCUUCUUAAGUGGAAGGGCUUCUCAGAAGAAGACAACACAUGGGAACCAGAGGACAACCUGGACUGUCCUGAUCUCAUUGCACAAUACCUGCAAAAACAUAAGUUAAAUGAAAAGAAAGAUUCUAUUGGAAAGAGGAAAGGAGAAUCUGACACAGAUGGUGGGGAAGACAGCCGACCCAAAAAGAGGAAAGAUGAGCAAGACAAGCCGAGGGGCUUUGCACGGGGAUUAGAGCCAGAGCGCAUCAUUGGAGCCACAGAUUCCAGCGGCGAGCUCAUGUUUCUAAUGAAAUGGAAAAACUCUGACGAGGCAGAUCUUGUUCCAGCCAAAGAGGCCAAUGUGAAGUGCCCGCAGGUGGUCAUCUCAUUCUAUGAAGAGCGACUAACAUGGCACUCUUACCCUUCUGAGGAAGAAGAGAAGAAGGAUGAUAAGAACUAGGCCUGUGAGGGAGAACGAGAGAGGUGGCAAGUCAGAGGCAGUGUUAGACUAGUUUGGGAUGGGGUGGGGGGUAUUUAGGAUAUGGGCAGUUCAAAGAUGGGGAAUCAGACACCCAAAAACUCUUUUACUCUCAAUGCCAUAAAACUUGGACUCAAAAUAUAUUCUGAGCAAGAUAUGCAGACGUGGGGUCAUCUUUAGUGGGCAAAAGUGAAUGUUAGUCAGAAUACUGACGACCGUAAGAAACACAGGAUUACUGGAUUUCCUCUUUGCUUCUCUUUCUGUUGGAUUAUGGGAAAUGGGGUAUAUAUAUGCUGCAGUAGUCAUUCCCAGCUAAUAAAAAGGUGGCCAACGUUUGAAGAGGUAUAUACUAAAUGCAAUGGAUCCUGUGUGCACAUCCUCGUACCUUCUAUAUUUUUCUGAUAAGAGAUUUGAAAGUCAUUUCAGUCUAAAUCGGAACGUGUCACUGUGUAAUGUGCUGCCCUAAGUUAAAACACAGUAAGUACACUUAAAACUGUAAAGAAAAACAUGUACAUUUUUGAGUGCAUUGAUUAAUUUGAUAUCUGAGCAUAGUUUGUUCAAAUCUCAGUUUUGAGUGUGUGUAGUUACGGUGUUUUGUCUUUGUUAGGUGGUAUGACCUAAUUUCUUAAGCCGCCUUUUUCUUUUCCAUCUCAUUUGUCCAGAUGUCAUUUAAGUCAUUUGUUGUGUAAAUGCAUUUGUCAAAGCUUUUGUCGCCUUAUUAGUGAGCAAAUUGCUGUGUAUUGCAAUCUUGCUGUUUUAGCAGCAUUUCUCCAUUUGUAUUCACCAUGUAUACAGUAUUCUCAUCUUUUAUUUGUUCACCAUUUGAGGAUAUAUAUUGCGUAUGGAUAUAUUCACAAGGAGGUUUUUUUUUUUGGGGGGGGGAUAAUUAUUUCUAGUGUUUAGUAAACUGCAUUUCCCAUAAUCUCAUAUAAACCUUUUUUAUUUUUAAUUAUUAGAUUAUGCAUUACUGUGUGAAGAGGAUAUAUGCUCUUUAGAUUCCAGCUUCUCAGACUGAUCUUUCAAGUUUUAUAGGCUGAUCAAGGUAUGCCAGACCUGGCUAAUAAAUACUUCAGAAAACAGAGGAAAAGUUUGACACUUUGCUGUAUUACCCUCUUCUUCGGCGGUGCUCAAGAUGUAGAAUGUACUACACCGCUUCAGGGCAUCUUUUUAUCAUAAACAUAUGUAAAUGUGUAGUGAAGGUGAAAAAUCUUGCUAACAUUACCAUGCUAUAGAUCAGGUCUUUUAGUACCUCCGUUGCACCAGCAUAAACUUGUUAGUACUGACAAUUUGUUAAAAUAUCUUCAAAAAGUUUUUAAAUUGAUUAAAGUAGUGCUUGGAUCACUGGAUACUGUUUUUUUUUUUUUUGCAAAAUAUGAUAUUGAUAGUGGCAUAUAUACACUUCUGUCUACUAGAGGAGACUGAAGUACUAUUGUACACAAUCAGUAAUGUGACUGCAUGAUUUUCCUUUCGAUUGUCUUUUAAGUGUACUGUUCAAAGCAUGUUAUUUUCUUUCAUUUUCACUUUUUCAAUGGUUAUU